AUGAUCUCCAUUCUUUUGGACCACGUGUCGGGCAAGUUGGAAUGGGAUAAAGCCUCGUAUCCGUCUGGGUGGCGCUCGAUCGAUGUAGAUGGUAGUUCUGCGGCGAUGUUACAGUUCAUACCUCCUUUCAUAGGAAACCCGCGUGGCCGUGCGACGAAGAAGUCUGAGAACGAGUUCAAUGGCGAAACAACGAGCCCAUAUAUGAAUGGCGCACAAGCGCCAAUCUUGUGGCCGCGUACGACUGUUAAUAGCCUAUCGCAGCGCCUCAUAUCGCAAUUUCCCACCGAGUCAGAGCUGCCAGGAUAUCUGGUGGCUUCGCAGAGUUCUUCGCGGGGAACCGGUCUGGGUGGUUGUCGGGGACUUGUUCCGAGCACGAUCGGCUAUGACUCUGGAGUGGACUAA